AUGGGAACUGCCCUCUCAACGGCCUGGGCCUCUGUGCCCGCCGCGGCAGAGUUUUUGCCCUUCUCUCCACCAGCCUACAAUACCGCCUUGACGAUCUUCCAGUACUUCCCACUGGUCUCAAUCAUCCAAUGGAUGGUCUCUUGGCACCCAGCUGGCAAGGGUUCCAUGCAAAAUUCCAUCUUCAACAUGCCCGGCCGCAUAGCGUGGUUCCUGAUGGAAAUUGCCGGACCCCUAAACCUGAUCUACAACCUCGGCAUCUCGCCACGCUCAGUAUUCGAGCUGCCAGCAGCUAACCAGCUCGUCACGGCACUGUACUGCAUCCACUAUGUCAACCGAGCCAUCAUCUCGCCCUUCUUCUCGGCUCCGAGCAUGUCGCCCAUGCAUCUGUUUGUCGUGUCCAGUGCUGUUCUAUUCAACUGGUUCAACUCGUCCUGUCUGGUAGGCUGGAUCCUUGGCUAUGAGAUCCCCGUCCCCGGGUUCGUGACCAACGGCGUCGAGUCCCUUCGGUCCUCCUCUUCUCCGCUCCUUGCUGCGCUGCCCGUCGUCGGAACUGCACUGUUUUCUAUUGGAAUGAUCGGUAACAUCUACUCCGAGACAUCUCUCUUCCGCAUGAGAGUGUCCGAGGCCGAGAAGCGCUCUGCAAAGAAGUCGGACACCAAGACAUCCCCUAACAAUGGACGCAACAAAUACCACAAAGUCUACGUGAUUCCUCCCGCAACUGGCGUCUUCCGCUCUAUCUUGUACCCGCACUACGUCUUUGAGUGGCUCGAGUGGACAGGAUUCGCUAUUGCUGGUCUUGCUGUCUACCCCCUUUCCGCUACCUCCAAGAUUGCUAGUACGGCUGCCACCGUUGCUCCCCCGCUUAAUCUAGCACCUUGGUUGGUGCCGUUUGCCUCUGUGACGGAUCGCCUCGGACUCCCGCUGCCGCUGCCGGCUGUCUUGUUUGUGGUCAAUGCCAUGGCGAACAUGCUGCCUCAUGCGCGCUGGGGUCGCAAGUGGUAUGUUGAGAAAUUUGGAGAGAAGGACGUUGCUGAAAGAGGAGCUGUUGUGCCGUGGUGCUCUUGGAUGUGA